GUGUGAAAAAAAGAACAUGUGCAGAAAUGGCCUUAGUCACUGCACAUUUUAAGAGCGCAUUUGGAGAGAGGAGGAGAUGCGGUUAGGGAGUAGGCUAAUCCAACCACCGGGUAAAAAGGGCAGUUUCAGAUGGCUCAUAUUGCGCUGUAACUAUACUGUACCGUGACACCAGCUUUGAGCAGCGGCGAAGCACCAAAGCGGGCGCACCCACAGCAUCUGUACCAACUCAUCACUGCUCCAGGGCUCCGGGGGAACUUCUCUCAGCAAGACUGGAUGCGGAGGCUAGCUGCGCGGUCACUGAAAGGGGAAGAAAAUACUUUCAGCCGUACACGUUUACAGGGAAUCGAUUCUGUGAUGACCGUGAGAUUCCACAAUAUGCGUAACACCGUGGACUGCCCUGCUUUUCUCUCCCUCUCUCUCCCUUCCUUUCUUUUUUCUGCUCAGUUGUUUCCUUAUUCAUUGUGCGUCCUAUGAAGAGCAUUAACUAUCCCUCCCUCCAAUCCUAUUGAAAAGGCUCCGAAAAAAAAAAACAGGGAGAUGAGAGCAGCAAAUCCCUUUUUUAUUCCCCUCGUAGCGCUCAAUAAGAGAAGAAUGUGUUGCCUAUCAGUCACCGAGGGGAUCAAGUCUUCGGAACUGUCCCACGCGUUCAAUGCGCCGUGCAAAGCAUCACUGAGAGAGACAGAGUGAAGAGGACUGCAGCAGCAGCAGCAGCAGUAGCAUCCUGCCCGGACACCUCACAGCACAGCAACCUGUCUCCACUCAAGAGCCAUUUAAGUUAAUUAGGACUUCCUUCUCUCACCUUUCAAGUCCUCUCCUCGGAUUGUGGCGUGCCACGAUGAGGAGUCUGGCGCUGCUGUUAGGGGUGAAAGCCGCUUGCAUCCUCUUGGUGCCCUCGCUCUCGGGCACAGGGGCAGUCAACAACAGCGGCCGGUGGUGGGGUAUUGUCAAUGUGGCUUCCUCGUCCAACCUCCUCACCAAUUCCAAGAACGUGCAGUUGGUCCUGGACCCAAGCCUGGCCCUUCUGAGCCGUCGCCAGCGCCGGCUGAUUCGGCAGAAUCCUGGCAUCUUGCAUGCCAUCGCCGCUGGACUGCACACUGCCAUAAAGGAGUGCAAGUGGCAGUUCCGCAACCGCCGCUGGAACUGCCCGACCACCCACAGUCCAGCAGUUUUUGGCAAAAUUGUCAAUCGUGGUUGCCGAGAGACCGCAUUUGUAUUUGCCAUUACCAGCGCAGGAGUGACCCACGCUGUGGCUCGUUCCUGCUCAGAGGGGGCCAUUGAGACGUGCACAUGCGAUUAUCGCCGCCGAGGUCCUGGAGGACCAGACUGGCACUGGGGGGGCUGCAGUGACAAUGUGGAUUUUGGCCGGAUGUUCAGCCGUGAGUUUGUGGACUCCAGUGAGAGGGGCAGAGAUCUGCGCUACCUCACGAACCUGCACAAUAACGAAGCCGGCAGGAUGACUGUGUCAUCAGAGAUGCGUCAGGAAUGCAAGUGCCAUGGCAUGUCUGGCUCCUGCACAGUGCGCACCUGCUGGAUGCGCCUGCCCAGCUUCCGCACAGUGGGAGACUUUCUUAAGGACCGGUUUGAUGGCGCAUCCAGAGUUGUUUAUGCCAACAAGGGCAGCAACCGUGCCUCUCACCGAGCCGAUCCACGCCAUCUAGAGCCUGAAAACCCAGCUCACAAACCCCCUUCGUCUAUGGAUCUUGUCUAUUAUGAGAAAUCACCCAACUUCUGCUCCUACAAUGGCAAAACUGGCACUCUGGGAACAUCGGGGAGAACGUGCAACAGCUCUUCUCCGGGCCUGGAUGGCUGUGAGCUGCUAUGCUGCGGACGUGGGUUUAAGUCCCGGACUGAGAGCGUGACUGAACGCUGCCACUGCACAUUCCACUGGUGCUGUCAUGUCAGUUGUCUGAACUGCACCAGUACAAGGACGUUACAUCAGUGUCUAUGAUCAAAUAUGGGCACCUAGGCACACAUGUGCUUUAAGAUGUUAGGCUGGAGCUGGAAAAGGUUCAAGGCGGGUAAACUAAUACAGGGAAAUUCUGGCACAAAAAUUCAAUCAGUGUUUUUAAACUUAGGAGAAAGGGAAAGCACAAGUAUGUGAACAGGGUAUAGAAGGAGUGUAUGUCUUACUCUUUAUUACUUAACCUUAAGUAAAUUAACACUACAACGAUACUUGUAGAAUGGGAAUUGUCCCUCAAGUGUUUACAUGCUAGAUAAAUAGGAGUAAAUGGACAAAAGGAUGUGGUGGAGAAUUGAUCGUUGUAACCAGGUACCACUAGGGCCUUGUUUCUCCCCAACAAAGGGCAGAAACUGGACACAAUGUUUCACAGAUGUUUCUGUGGCCACAGAGCCACAAACAUAUGCUCUCAUAAACUGGCGAGGACCUCUAACAAGAGGAAGCUUAUUUAAAAAAAAGAAAAAAAAGAAAUCUGUGUUUUGUUUUCUCUUGCUGAAGUUUGGCGUCCCUCCCAUGAAACUGGCUGAAGUUUAUCUCCCUGGAUGGGAUAUCUGUUCCAUGCUUGUGUACUUAGGAAUUGUAUGCAACCCAACCACUUCUAGUUUCCCUGCCACAUUUGCCCAUUUUGUUUAGAUUUCUCCAGAUCUGAAUUCACCUCAGCCACAUGUACCACUCCAGCUUGCAACAGGAUGGUCCUUAUUGUACAUGACUAGGAGCAGGGAGCACAGAAACCAAGUGAGUGAAUCUUACUGAGGCAAUGUAAUUUGAAUGUAUUAUCAAUACACUGAAUAUCACGACGUGAUUUAAGCAAAUCUGAGGGAUCAAUAAUGAAAAUAUCAUAAAACACUAAUAAAACAAUGAAUAGAAAUGUGACCAAUAUACAAAUUUCCCACAAAUGCAUGCAGGAAGGAUUAAAAUAUUGCAGGUUAAAGUAGGCAAAUGGUGCGUUGUUGGGGGGUUUUUUUUUCAAGGUAGGUUGAAUGAAAAUAUUUUAAAGAAUACAGACUGAAAAAGAAACAAACUGUGUAUCAGCUAAGAGGACCAAAAUCUGUAAAUAUUAAAAUAUCUGAUUAUAUUUAUAAAGAUGUCACUUGUAUGUUUUCUAAAUGAUUUAUGUGCCUGUCAGUGGCUGGAGAAUAUGCUAUCAGUAGAGUCAGGUCAGAGGAUGUUUUCAUCGUUUGGCUCUUUCUAAGUAGGUGUAACGUAGCGGGUUAAAAAAAAUACUCUUGAUAGAAAAAGACUGUUAUCACUUCUUUGCUUUUUUUCUGUAAAAAAAACACUCAUGUUUGGUCAUGCACUGAAUAUUUCCCUUUUUUUUUACUAGUGUAAAUAUAUAAAAUAUUUAUUUCUGAGGAUUUUUAUACUGUUCUAGAGA